AUGCGCCUCUUUCUGCUACUUGCUUGGGCUCUGUAUUCCAUUAUAUCUGGAGUUUCCGGCAAAGAUUAUGACUUCGGUGUUGAUUUGGUGUCUCUCACCCGACGACAAGACACCAAUGCGCCCAUCGUCGUCAGUCGCUUGCCGCUGGCUGCCAAUGGGAGUAUACCCCUGAGACUUGAGAUCCGUGAUGUUCAGGCAGAUAAAUACAAGUGGGAUCUGUACGUGCUGGCGCUGAGUAUGUUUCAGUCGGUCAGUCAGGACGAUCCCUUGUCGUAUUACCAAGUAGCCGGGAUACACGGCGUGCCUUUUGUCACAUGGAACGGCGUUGAACCAGUAGUGGGCGCGAGCAUGUCAGGCUACUGUCCGCAUAGUUCUGUGCUGUUCCCAACAUGGCACCGGCCAUAUCUAGCCCUGUACGAGGUCAGCUCUCUUCAUGUUCCGAUCGUCGAUGUCGCCGCGCAAGAGUUGCAUAAACUUGCCGACGCCAUUGCUCGCAUGUUCAGCAACGCGACGGAACGUCUGCUCUACCAGCAAGCUGCUUCUGAAUUUCGGAUACCGUACUGGGACUGGGCAUCCCCUGCACCAGCUGGCCAAAGCCACUUUCCUGAGGUAUUUUGGAAUUCCACAUUGACUCAAUACGGCCCCAAUGGCGUUCAAGUCAUUCGCAAUCCAUUGUAUUCAUAUUCAUUUCACCCUCUUGAUGAGGACGCUUUCAUCUGGCCGCCGCUGAAAAGCUGGAAUGAGACAAAGAGGGCUCCAAACACACAGAUCAGUGAAACAGAGCCCCCUUCAAUGAAUGACCAAGUGAAUUCGGCUUUGCUCGCAAGACUGCCCGAGAUUCAGCAGCGGCUUUACAUACUGUUCUCGAGUUAUCACGAGUUCGAUUCAUUUAGCAACAAAAACUAUGCUAUAUCCCAAAAUCUUAGUCAUCUGGACUCAAUCGAGGCCGUCCACGAUAUCAUUCACAUCUAUGGCGGAUCUAGAGGUCAUAUGACCUACGUUCCUCUGUCCUCUUUCGAUCCUCUUUUCUUUUUACAUCAUGUAAUGACGGACAGGUUGAUAUCAAUGUGGCAGCUUCUCAAUCCUACGGCAUGGAUGACACCUCAAAUCUCAGGAGAGACGACUUAUACCGCGCUGAAAGGGACAAUGCAAAACUCUAGCACCCCACUUACUCCCUUCAUGUCUUCAGCCAGUGGCACGUUCUGGGACUCGGACAUGUCUCGAACGACUGAAGUGUUUGGUUAUGCAUAUGGAGAUACUUCAGCUCUGUAUGGCGAUACUAAGAUCCCGCGAGACAAGCUGAUCAGGAAGAUCAACAACUGGCUUGGGAAAAACAGCCCAGCCAUGAUUCGGUUCAAGAGUCAAUCAGAGCGGAGGCCCAGCGGCAUAUGGAAAGGCAACUCAGGCUCCAAAAGCUUCCAACCAAGCUCCAAGGUUGACAUGAAAGAUGCGGCUGCGCCAGAGAGGCAUUAUACGGAGUGGAUUGCAAAUGUCCAUGUGAAUCAUGGCGCUCUGGACGGAUCAUUCACCGUCUAUUUCUUUGUUGGAGGGCCACCAGACGAUAUCCUUACCUGGAGCGUCGCGUCAAAUCUCAUAGGGUCAGUUGGCAUCUUUACGAUGAACGGGAUGGGCAGCUCUCAGUCCAAGAUGUCUGGAACAGCGCCCUUGACCAUGGCAUUGAUGAAGCAAGUCGACCAAAGAGCUAUACGAGAUCUUGAGCCGGACUCGGUGGUGCCAUUUCUACAAGACACUCUACACUUUCGUGUGGUGGAUAUUGAUAACAAGGAAGUCGACCCGGCCCUGGUGACUGGGCUCUACGUCGCAAUCAGCAGCACCAGGGUCAGGUUACCUGAGAGCGAUUCUGAAUUUCCGGCAUGGGGCCAGCCAACACUGAAGUUGACAAUAUGGGAGUAG